CUAACUAGAUCUAGAUCUAGUAACUAGACUAUAAUAAAAAAACAUCAUCAUGAUCUAUCUAGACUAGAUCUAGAUAUUGGAAUAUUCUAGAUCUAAUAUAUAGAGUCUAGACUAUAGAUCUAGAUCUAUAUAGAAAUAGAAAUCUAGAUUAAGAAAGACUUGAGAAGCUGAAGACUGAAGUACUUGAAGUAGUCUAGAUAGAUCAUAAUCAUAUACUGAUUCUAGAUAUCUUGAUGAUCUACAUGCUAGACAGACUAGAGUAAAAUAAUAUUGAAAUGUCUCUUUUGGUGGAUUCGAUAAUUAUGACUUUUUCAUUGAUUUUAUUUUUUGGAGGUGGCUGGGUUUUCUUCUUAAAACAGCUUUACAGAGACUAUGAGGUUCAUCAUACUGUUGUUCUUCUUGUGUUUUCUAUCACAUUUUCAUUAUCAUGCAUCAUGUUUGAGCUCAUUAUCUUUGAAAUUUUGGGAAUCAUGGAGACCAGCUCAAGGUUUCUCCAUUGGAAAUUAGGAUUAUAUGCAAUUUUGUUUGUUCUGAUAGCAGUAUUGCCAUACUAUAUUGCCUACUACCUCAUACAGAAUGUCAGGAUAGUUCCACAAAAGCGACAUUUUCGAGUGAUUAUAGCUGCAGGAGUUUGGUGCCUAACAUUAUACUUGUUUUGGAGAGUUGGGGAUCCUUUUCCAAUUCUGAGCCCUAAACAUGGUAUAUUUUCUAUAGAACAAUGUAUAGGGCGUGUUGGUGUAAUUGGAGUAACUUUGAUGGCAAUUUUAUCUGGAUUUGGUGCAGUUAAUUGCCCAUAUACAUACAUGUCUUAUUUUAUAAGGCAUGUAACAGAGGCGGAUAUUCAAAGCAUUGAGAAAAGACUUUUGCAGACCUUAGACAGGAUUAUUGUGAAGAAAAAAAAAAUAGCUUUAUCUCAGAGAGAUAGUUUGAGACAAGCCAGUUUGUCUUCACCAGCUAAAGGUAUAUGGGGCCUUCUCAAGAGUGCAGCCACCAGUGUUAGUCCUUAUACAGAAAAUCUGGGACCUGUUAAACUAGAAACACAGGCAUUAGAAGAAUUAAGUCGCCAGUUAUUCUUAGAAACAGCUGAUCUUCAUGAUGCAAUGGAUAGAAUAGAGUAUUCCAAGACAUUUAAAGGUCGUUACUUCAAUGUGAUGGGUCAUUUUUUCUCUUUGUAUUGUGUCUAUAAAAUCUUCAUGGCUACUAUCAACAUUAUUUUUGACAGAGUUGGUAAAGUGGAUCCAGUAACUAAAGGAAUCGAAAUCGCUGUCAAAUAUUUUGGUUUUGAAUUUGAUAUAAAAUUCUGGUCUCAACAAAUUUCAUUUCUACUUGUUGGUGUGAUUAUUGUCACUUCAAUCAGAGGUUUUCUCAUCACAUUGACAAGGUUUUUUUAUGCUAUAGCUAGCAGUAAAUCAUCUAAUGUUAUUGUUCUUUGCUUGGCCCAGAUUAUGGGUAUGUAUUUUGUCUCCUGCGUUUUAUUAAUGAGAAUGAAUAUGCCUCAAGAAUAUAGAUUGAUAAUUACAGAAGUUCUUGGAGACUUACAAUUCAACUUUUAUCACAGAUGGUUUGAUGUUAUAUUUCUUGUCAGUGCUUUGUCCAGUAUUGGAUUUCUGUACAUAGCUCACAACCAGUCAGCAGAGAAAAGUUUGCAGAGAUGAAAUGCAAGAAUAUAGGUCAUGUUGGUUUGGGUAAAUCAACUAACAAGUUAACAAGUGUUCAGGAUCUUUAUAUAUAGAGAUACAUUUGUGGAUAGUAAAUCUUGCUCUAAAUUAUCUUUUAAUCAUUGUACUACUACUCUUAUAUCUGCAUGUAGAAAUUGUUUAAUAACUCUGGGCCAAUUGUUUGUUUUUUUAACAAUGAGUUUAUCCUUAUUUCCACUGGUACUGUACUACAAACUUUGCUUUGCAGACACUCUGUAAGUUUGCAGCUGCCAGUGUAUACUAUUUAAAUGUGUACAUUUUAUGAUCCUCAUAAAUUGUUUUAUUAUUGAGUACAUUUCCUCAAUUUAAAUAAAAGCCUUUGUGUUGUCA